CACAUCAGAGACAGUUUCCAAAUGGAGAAUCCCCAUAACCAUGGAUUUCAAAGCAGAGCUCAACACACAAGUAGCAGAAGAAGAUGAUAGUUACUAUGCUGAGAUUAGGAAACAAAUCAUUCUACUUUUGACAACAUACGAUGACGACGAAGACGUCGAACGACCUCCCAAAACUGCAGCAAAACGAGGUGCAGAACAAAGCGGUCGUUGUCACCCACAGGCAGAGAGAAACUUGAGUUGGUGUCUAAAUGGGAAUGAUUUAGAAGAACCUGUUUGGCAUGUCAAUUCAUGGGAGAAUGGGAAUGGAACAGGAGUUUUCAUCCCUCAAGCAGUCCAAUUCAAAAGAUACAGUAUUUUCAGAAGGAUGAGAAAGCAUGAGAGAAAAGAAAAACACAGACUAAACAGACAAGACCAAGGAUCAUCCAUGUUUUCAGGAGGCUAAAUUGCAAAAAGAACUUCCC